AGGCAAUUGGGAAGAUGAGGAGGUUGGAGGAGGAAGUGGAGAGGAAGGAGAUGAAUGUGCUGAUGAAAGAGGUGAUCGCCGGGAGAAGAAGCUUAACGGAGAUGGAUGCGCGGCAGCUUAAGGGAUUGUAUGCAUUGGCUGAUGACAAGAUGGUGGAGCUGGAGAAGAGGAAGCAGGAUUUUCCGGCGACGGAGAAUGACGGCGGUGCGGCUAGGAAUCACCGCCGUCGUGAGAGGAAUCUUGCACCGGUCGCCGCCAAUUCCGGCGGAGCCGACGGUGGCGGCUCUUACUACGUCCCUCAGCCGCCGGCACCGGCUGCGGGAGAAUUGCUCCCUGCAACAUGGUUCGUCCCGAACAUGGCGGCUCCGCCGCCGUCUCCGCCGCACGGCGGCGCCGGAGGCGGUGAGGGGAGCUAUCAUCAGCAGCAGAUGUUUUUCUCAUUGCCGACUAACAAUGGCGGCGGUAAUUCUGCAUCGGCUUAUCAUCAUCAAGUUCCUAAUUUGAAUCAAGAUUGGAUUUACAAUUUCUUCCCGGGGUCUAUCUAAAUCCAGUCGUCGUAUUU